AUGGUAGAGAUUGAUUUUAAUGUUUCAUGCUUUGGGGAAUACGAUGAUCAAGAAAUAGUUGAUCAAGUGCUGACAAAUUAUGAACUAAAUCUAGUUGAUGAAACAAGCGAUGAUAGUUUGUUAGGUAUUUGCUUAAUAUUAAUUUCUAAUGCUAAAACACAGCCUUCUGAUUCUCCACUUGAAAUUGAUGAACGUAUAGUUGGUGGUUCGGCAUUACAAGUUAAAUAUCGUAAAUUUCAGGUUGCUGUAUUAAUGAAACUAUUUAUGUGUGGGGGUACAUUGAUUUCAUUGGAAUGGGUUUUAACUGCAGCUCAUUGUGUUAUUAAUGUCUAUAAGGAAGACACAACGGUUCGUGCUGGCUCUAACAAUUGGGAUUAUGGUGGAGUUUUAAGAUGGGCGAAAAAACUUAUUCCACAUUUCGGUUUUGAAACAGGGACUUUAAAUAAUGACAUUGCUUUAAUUCUUUUGAAAAGUCCUUUCAUGAAAAGUAAUUAUAUUGGCCCUAUUGCUAUAGCUCAACAUUUACCAGCAAGUGGUUCAAAAUUACAAGUAUCUGGUUUUGGUCAAACUGCCACAGAAAGUGAUUUAGCUCCUUAUUUGCUAACAGUUUGGGUUGACAUGAUUUCAUUUUCAAAAUGUCAAGAAUUCUAUAACAACGGUUUAACUGAUACACAAUUUUGUGCUGGAGUUCCAGAAGGAGGAAAAGGUGCAUGUUAUGGUGAUUCUGGUGGUCCUUUAACAUAUAAUGGAUAUUUAAUCGGGCUGGUUUCAUGGGGUCACGAUUGUGGUGAUAAAGAUUAUCCCAGCGUUUUUACUAGAGUGCCGCUUUAUGAUACUUGGAUUUCAAAUACAAUGAGGGAUAAUAUUUAA